AUGAGAAGCUUCUUGCCUCUGUGCGCGCUCCUCCUCGUCCUGCUCUGCUUGGCUAGCCUCAUGGACGUCACGGAAGGAAGGUUCCGAGCCGCAGGCGGCGGCGCCCGAAGCAGCGGCAACAGCAGCGGCGGCGGCAGCCCGGGAAGCCUGAGCGGCGGCACCUGGGCGGCGUGCGUCGGCUCCACACUGCUCGCCGUGGCGCCCAUGCUGCUGUAA